UCAAACGGUCACAUAGAGCGCACGUUUUGUAUUAAACAAAUGAAGGAACAAAUAAAAACAAAAUCGGAUAGCGAUGAGGCGCUGGAGCAGGAAGAAGAGUUGGAAUCAAACAGUGAUAAUCAGCUUGUAACAAAUAAUGUGGACAACGAUGACGAAGAUGAAAUGGAUUUGGCUAACUUUAAUGCAGACGCCGUCAAGCGAAAGAAACGCAAGAAGGGCAUUAUUUAUAUAUCGAAUAUACCGAAACACAUGAAUGUGACGCGUUUGCGUGAAAUUCUCGCUGAUUUUGGCAAAAUUGGACGAGUCUACUUGCAGCCCGAGAAGCAGCCGGGUAGCGGAAAGGAUAAGGCAACGAAGAAGAAGAAGCACAAACGAUUAAAUUUAAAUUUCACCGAAGGCUGGGUGGAAUUCGAGUCGAAACGUGUUGCAAAACAAAUUGUGCCACUGCUGAAUAAUAAACAAAUUUCGACGCGAAAGAAAUCGCAGUUUUAUGACUCGCUGUGGUCCAUGAAAUAUUUGCCGCGCUUCAAAUGGAUACAUUUGACGGAGCGCAUGAAUUACGAGCAGGCGACGCACAGGCAGCGACUGCAGACGGAGGUAUCGCAGGCGCGCAGGGAGACGACAUUCUUCCAGAACAAUCUGGACAGGAGCGAGCACAUCAAGAAGUUGGCAAAGAAGGCGAAAAAGAUGAAAACCAGCGGUGACAACAGUUGAAAUAAUAAUUGUUUUAUUUUUCUUAAAAAAAAAAGCACUAUUAAAUAACAUGCAAACCAAAA